AGACAAACGAUAAACAACAAUUUCUUUUCUCUUUUUUUCAAAAUAAACAAAAUAUAUCGACGAAACAAUAUACAUUUGACCAACAUUUUCCAUAAAAAUGAAUGAAUGUAAAGAGUUUUGUGAGUUAAUUUGCCGCGCCUGUCUCGGCUCCGGUCGCCUGUACAAUAUCUACGAAUAUCAACUUGCUGAUAUAUACAACCAGCUAAUAGGAGAUAAGGUGUUGCCUUGUGACAAUAUGCCACAAAAUCUCUGUGCUGUAUGCUGUACUAUGCUACUUAAACUCACUGAAUUCAAGAACCAGUGCCUAAAAGCGCAAAUAAUACUAGAUAAUAUUAAGGAAAAACAGCAUGCGAUCACAUCAAAUUCAAUCUCCAAAAACCUAAAAGUAUGCAGAAAAUAUUCUCAAACUAUAACCAAAAUUACAACAUACCCUCAAACAGAUGUAAAAAUAAAAGACAUCAGAAAAAGCUUAGAUAUUAAUGAGGUGGAAAAUAUUAAGAAUGGUUUUGAAUGUUUAGAUUCUUCUAUGAAGGUCAAUGAGUAUUCUUUGAACGGUUGUCACCAAUUGUAUAUAGAUAAUGUGAAGAAUGAAGAAAUUCAAUUUGACAAACAGUUGAUUGAAACUAAAACAGAAGAUUUUAAUGAAAAUGGGGUUGAAGCCAAUACAGAAGUGUUUAAUGAAAACGACAUAGAAUCUAAAAUAAAAAAAGCUAAACAUAAUAUAGAAAAAGAUAAAAAGUGUAAAAUUGAAAAAGAUGUAGAUGUUAAGAAAUCAAAAUUUAAAAGAGCAGCGAAAGUCAACAAGAUAAAAGGAAAGUAUUUUGAAACUAAGGAAAAUAUGACUAAUUUCGAAAGCAUGUACGAUGUUGAAAUAGUUAUUCUGACUAAAGAACAACAACUGAACGAUUUAUUAGAAAGGAAAAGUAGUCACAAUUAUUUAAAUAGCCCGUUCAAAUGCCAGUAUUGUUACAAAGGAUUUAUCGAUGAAGAUAAUUUGAAAAAACAUUUCAAAGCUCAGCAUGAUCCUAGCCGCGGCGACGUGACUUGCGAGUUCUGCCAAUACAGAUACAAGGACAAGCGCGGCCUCAACCAACACCUCAAGAGCCACAGAUUGAAGUUCGUGUGCAGACAGUGCAAAUACGUGUCCAGGACUACUUACAAUGCUAAAGAGCACUUCAAGAUGCACCGUGGUUACUUGCACGAAUGCAAAGAUUGUGGAAAAUGUUACGAGAAGUUGUCGACGUACCUCACGCACAUGCGCAUCCACCACCCCGCGGAGUUGGUGUGGUGCGACCUCUGCGGUGAGCCGUUCAUCGGCGAGUUUGGACUCAACGGGCACAAGAAGAGGGCUCAUCGUGACCUGCAGUUCCCGUCGGACUGCGCGUGCAGGUGCGGCGCCCGGUUCACGAACCCCAUCGCACUCCGCGUCCACGCCUCCGCCCGCGCCUGCGCACAGCCGUGCUGCUCGCUCUGCGGCCAGGCUUUCCCCACCAGGCUCUUGUUGAAGGACCAUUUGCUUGAAAAACAUCGGGGCGUCGACAAAUAUUACUCUUGCACUAAGUGCAGUAAGAUUUUCCGCAGCGAGUCGUUGUACAGCGCCCACUACCGCCGCAUGCACGCGGAGAGCACGCUUCGGGGCGACGCGGCACCGCCCUGGGUGUGCGAGAUAUGUGGGAAGACGGUACCGAAUAAGUCCCGGCUAGUGUACCACCAGAGGAUCCACACGGGAGAGAGACCAUACCAGUGCCCGCAGUGUCCAAAAAGCUUCACCAUGUCUAAGCUGCUGAGGUCCCACUCUCGUGUGCACUCGAACGAGCGUCCCUACGCGUGUAAAUAUUGUCCCAAGACGUUCAAAGGACCUUCGGCCUUACGUGGACACGAAUAUAUGCACACUGGCGGCAAAAUGAAGAAUUCAAGAAAUAGAAAUGGCGUUAUUUGAAGUUAAUAUUUUGUGACCUAUCUGUAAAGGUUUCGGAUGUGGAGUCCUCGUGUACGUAUCGCCAGAAUGUCUUGAGAGUGCGACGCUACAGUUACAUUGUUAUUUCGCUACGACUACGCAUCCAUAAUAGGGGACCGUCCUGUGUUUGAUUUUGUACAUUAUUCUAUAUGUAAUGGUUAAUAAUACGAAAAAGAAACCCUCCUGCGAAAACUGCAUUAAAAUUGGUUAAAAAAUGAGCCAGUAAUUCAUAUUAAAAAAUAUUACUAUGAGCCGAAAUGGGGAUAUCGCCUCAUCUCUUUCUUUCGCACGCGUCGUAAUGCCCGAUGACGUCACACGUGGGUAUUGCGCCUCUUUUCUGUUUCUUGUUACUUACUCCUACCGAAAUUGAAAGUCUUAUAACUUGUUGAUUUUUUACCGGAUUUAAAGAAUUCUUUCUGUGUUAUAAUUUAUAUAACGUAAAUAUUUGAUAAUAAUAAAGAACAAAAGUCCGGUCCCCUAUUGUUGAUGUCUCAUCCUCCCAGUGCCCGAGAGUCGAGGUUCGUGCCCCGUUAGUUCCCCUCAGCUUGCUUCAUGUUCAGAUUGUGAGCGACUACAGCGCUCACACUACGUCGGUGUUUGUACAAGCCGACCCUUGCCAGGGUAACAAACGUAGGGCGAUGUUAAACAAGGAAUGUCCGCACAUUCUUUCGAAUCACAAUCACAAUUCCCGCGAAUUGCUAUUCCACUAAGAACCCUCUCUUCCUGGAUAGACAUUCCCGCCCUCACACUACAACUCCUGUAAGGACCAGCAGUGGCACGCAUAUCAGCAGUGGCAUUUGACACCGAGCGGUGAACCUGUCUCAGGGAACACUUGUCAUUAUCCCGCAACGAUAAUCAAAUAGAUAGGGAGGAGUUGGAAAUAUUAAUUGUCCACUUCCCUUAUAGCAAAAUCUCUUCCUGACUACUUCUCACAUGAUGCUGGGGUCAGCUUUACAUUUUUCUUCUACUUCACCCUAUUCCUGACAUCGGAAACAUUGCCGAUGAAAAUAGGGGACCGGCCUAUGCUUGAUUUUGUACAUUAUUCUAUAUGUAAUGGUUAAUAAUACGAAAAUGAAGCACUCCUGCGAAAACUGCAUAAAAAUUGGUUAAAAGAUGAGCGAGUAAUUGAUAUUUAAAAUAUUGUAAUGUGCAGUAGUGGGCGCGAUGUGGGGAUAUCGCUUCAUCUCUUUUUUUCGCACGCGUCGUAAUUCCCGAUGACGUCACAUGUGGGUAUUUCGUCUCUUUUCUGUUUCUUGUUAAUUACCCCUUCCGCCAAAAUUCAAAGACUUAUAACUUGUUGAUUUUUUACCGGAUUUUAAUAAUUCCUUCUGUGUUAUAAUUUAUAUUAUGUAAAUAUUUGAUACUAGUAAAAAACAAAAAUGAGUCCGGUACCCUAUUGUAAAUAUUACAAGGUAUAUAAGACUACUUAUAUCCCAUGAGGAGUGUAGUGGAGUGUCGCGCAGUUUGUAAUACAAUGUUCUGUAUGUUGAAGUUUAUGGUCGUAUCAGACGAGCUGUUUACUCGUGUACAGUACAGAAUGAUUUUAGUAAGCUAAUUAUUGUAGAUAUAUGGCCUAUAUUGUAUAGAUUCGAUAAAAUGUGACGAAUAAAUUAUUAUCAAAC